CAGUCAGAUGCGCACGGCUCAAACUUCCUUGUACAAGCCCAGUGCGCUGCGCUCUGCCGCCCCGUCCGGAUCUUCCACCUAACCCAAAGAAAAAAGUACUGUAACGGGAUGGAACCUACGAAAAAGAAAUGAGGAAUAUUCUCCACACUGUCAUCCGAAUCUAGAAGAGCAUACACGACCGCAGAAGUAACAGUCGAAGUGAUUGGUUGAAGCGCGAAGGCACCAUGGGCUGUGUGGGCUCAAAGAAGGAGCAGGAGCCUUUCAGCAAAGGGACGGGUAACGACGACCUGCAGAACCGUACACAGACCGCCCAUUAUGUCAAAGACCCCACAGCAGGAAACUUUGGAAACAAAGCUAGCAAAAUGCCAUCCAAUGCUAACGCUUCAGACGGAGAGAGUAUUGCCAUGGCUCUGUACGACUAUGAGGCCAUUCAUGAUGGUGACCUUGGCUUCAAGAAGGGAGAUAAGCUCAGAAUCUUAGAGGAAUCAGGGGAGUGGUGGAGAGCAAUGUUACUCAGUACGGGUCAGGAAGGCUUCAUCCCCAGUAAUUAUGUGGCCAAAGAUACUCUGGAGGCAGAGGAGUGGUUCUUUAAGGGCGUUAGCAGGAAAGAUGCUGAGAGGCAGCUGUUGGCCCCUGGGAACAGAGUGGGAUCCUUCAUGAUCCGAGACAGUGAGACCACACAGGGCAGCUACUCCCUGUCUGUCAGAGACAGUGAUGGUCACAACGGUGACACAGUUAAACAUUAUAAGAUCCGUACACUGGACAAUGGAGGAUUCUACAUCUCUCCCCGCAACACCUUUGGCACGCUGCAGGAGCUGGUCACCCAUUACAAGAAGCAAGGAGAUGGCCUCUGCCAAACCCUGACCAACCCGUGCUUGAGCCCCAAACCUGAGAAACCAUGGGAGAAAGACGCCUGGGAAAUCCCAAGAUCAUCCCUCAAACUGGAAAAGAGGCUUGGUGCAGGACAGUUUGGAGAAGUCUGGAUGGCUACAUACAAUAAACACACCAAAGUAGCAGUGAAGACCAUGAAGCCUGGCAGUAUGUCAGUUGAAGCCUUCAUGGCCGAGGCCAACCUGAUGAAGACUCUACAGCAUGACAAACUGGUUCGACUCAAUGCUGUGGUCACUAAGGAGGAGCCUAUCUAUAUCAUUACUGAGUUCAUGGAGAAAGGUGCGUAUGAGUGUGUGUGUAAAUGCAGUCGCCAGAAGUAAAAUGCUAACACUAGGCUAUA